AUGAGCCGAGAAGUGGUCACCCUUGGCCCGCCAAAGCCCACGAUGUGCAACUGGCUGAUGGUCGUCCUCAUAUUAACAGCUGUAAAUUCGAUUUGUCUACUCACAAUUAUCGUCAUCAUCGCACUCAAGGCCACGCCUGCGCCGCAAUUUUAUGAGCCCGAAAUCACGCCUCCCCUCACCUACACAGAAUACCUCAAGAUGUAUCGCGAUGGACUGCUGCCAAAACGGGAUGCUAGCGCCGUCGACGACCCGGACGACGGCGGCGCCAAGUUCACGGGGAUCAGCACCGAGCUGCUGAAGCGGAUCAAGCUGAUGAUUAUGGAGUUGUUGGAGGAUCAGUCAAAAGACUACUACUCGGAUGAUGGUGGGCCGGGGAAGCGGAAGCCGAGCCCCAGAUUUCCGGCACCACCGAAAAGCCUUGAUGAUGAUUUGGAAGAGGCGUUGCAGGCUAUAAAGAAACCGCUAAAAGACGUCCAAAUCUACACGCGACCCCCGACCCCACAACGCGAAAGCUCAACGGAAGCAACAUUCACUGCCAACACCGAGAUGAGAGCACCAUUAGUGCCUGAUUGCCCUGAAGCGCGCUCAAAGCUGUGCAUCAACUGGAGAGAGCAGCAGUUCUGCGCCCUCGCCAGCAAGUUUUGCGAAUCGUUGUGUGCGUGUGAUACCCGAGCA